AUGCCUCGCAACAAAAUCACCCUCUACGUCGACACGGUCAGUCCGUUCGCCUACAUUGCAUACUACGUGCUCCGGCACCACGCAGUCUUUCAGGGGUGCGAUGUCACGUAUGUGCCCAUCUUCCUGGGCGGCCUGAUGAAGGCAUGCGGCAACACGGCACCCAUCAACAUUACGAAUAAGAAGGCGUGGAUCAACCGCAACCGGCAGCUCUGGGCCGACACCCUCCAGGUGCCCAUCAAGAAGGAGCUGCCGGACAACUUCCCGCCCAUGACGCUGGGCAUCAUGCGCCAGCUCGCGGCGCUCGACGAGGCCGACGGCAGAGGCCGGCAGCAGCGCCUGGUGCAGGCACUGGACGCGCUCUUCCACGACUUCUGGGUGGAGCAUCGCGAGACGCACAAGCCCGAGGUGCUGGGCUCGCUCUUGGGCAAGGUCCUCGGCAGCGACGCCGCCGCCACCGUCGCCGCAGAGGCCUCCGGCACGGGCAAGGCGGCUCUGCUACGCAACACGGACGAGGCCUUUGCCGCUGGUGCCUUCGGCCUCCCAUGGAUGGUGUGCACCAACGCGGCCGGCCAGACUGAGUCAUUCUGGGGCGUCGACCACCUCGGCCAAGUGGCUACCUUCCUCGGCUUGAAGCGUCCGGAGGCUGGCGGAUGGAAGGCUCUGCUUUGA